GCAGUGGCGCGCUACUGGAUCCGGAUCACUUUCAACUUUGACUUUCGUUGCCUGACCGGGUGGAUCUGCCGAACCCACGUGUUCGCCGUCUACGUGAGCACAAACCUGGCCGUCGCCUUGUUCUGCAUCCUUUGCGUCGACCGUUGCCUGGUCAUCUACAACAGCCUCGAAGUGCUGCGGCCCUUGGCCAGCAGUCCGAGUGGAGUGGUUCAAAGACAAAUCUCAGGCUCCGCCGGGACAUGUCAGGCCUGCCAGACGAGCGACUCCUUUCGAUCGGUCCGAUUGGAUUGCGUCUGUACCAAAAAGCCCGGUACGAAGGUGGCAACGGCGGCUGCGCCUAGGGCCGAGAUGACGGCCACUGCGGCUCCCGAAGUUUGGCAUUCGGUUGAGCUGAAUGUGGCCGCCAAGUCGUCAACGGACCUGUACCAACGGGGUGCCGGUACAGCAAAGAAAAUGCCGCUGGGUCUGUUCUCCUGUUGCGUCCUUAGUUGUCGUCGAAGUUCGGGCCACCGUGGCGGCCGACAAAUACCCAACGUCUGGAGGCGGUCAAAUCACCCGUUUGAUGUCGCAGAUUCCCUUAUCGCUGUGCGUCAUGUGCAACGAGUGAAUCUCGUGGUCAAGCCCUUACUUCAUGGACCACAAGUUGUCAACAUCUCAGAGAAAUUCUCUGAAGAGACCAAACGGGAGAUUGAGAUGGAGUUAAUCUCGAUAAUUCUGUCCCAUCAAGAGCCAACGAAAAGGAGCGGGUUGAAGAAGAUACGUAGAAAAUUACAAAUGAAUGACAAAUUAGUUCUUCAAGCGGAUAAGGGAGUUGCGAACGUGAUAAUGUACAGGCAACAAUAUACGGAGAAAAUGGACAGCAGCCUAGGGGACCGGAACACCUAUCAAAUAGUAAGAAAGGAUCCAGCAAUGAAGAUCAACUGGACACUGAAGAAUAUGCUAAAGGAAAUGCAUGAUACUGGGCUCGCUGACGAUGCCGACUACAAAACGUCUGGGAAUGUACCAUGUUUACGGUCCGACUCUGGAGAUUAUCAUGCAUACUAUGAACUCCGGAACAGGUGCGUUCCUCUAAGUCCUUCUGCCAAUAUGACCAAGUUGCGAAACCAAGGUAACCUUAUCCCCCCUAGUGCAAUGAAUUGA